AUGCGCGCGCUGCUCCUCGGGGCCUGGCUCCGCGCCGGGCGGGGCCUCCCGCGGGCACCGGGGAGCGGCCGCCGGCACCGGGAGCACCGGGGACACAGCGGGCACAGCGAGCACCGGCCGCAGGCACCGCUCCGGCAGAAGGUGUCGGUGGAAGUGCUGCAGCACCUGGAGCACCUGGCCCUGGUGGAUUUCCGGGAUGCAGAGGGCGUGGAGCGGCUGCAGAAAGCGAUCCAGUUUGCUGAGCAGCUUCAUGAAGUGAAUACUGAUGGCGUGGAACCCAUGGAUUCAGUGCUGGAGGACAGGUGUCUGUAUCUCAGAGAAGAUGAUGUGACAGAAGGCAACUGCACCAAAGAACUGCUAGAAAACGCCAGAGAGAAAGUAGAGGAAUAUUUUGUGGCUCCACCAGGUAACAUCCCUUUACCAAAGCUGGAAGAACAAGAGACUUUUCUGCAGGGCUCUCAGUGACAGCCCAGAGCCCAAAUGUCCUUUCAGUAUUUUAUUUGGGGAAAAUGAAGUUUUGUGCAGUCAC